GACCAGCCCUCUCUUCAUUUUUGUGCGUACUUUCAUUCUGCGCAAGAAUUUUUCAAUUCUGUAAAGCCAAUUAAAAGUUAUUCUAAUAGAAAAAAGUGUCGGUAUAGUAGUCACUCCAGCAUCCCCUUAAGAGGGACUUGUACAACGCCGUGGUGAUGAAAUGCAGAUUCGUCAGUCUAGUAUCCGAGGAGGUGACGAAGUCGAGCUUCCGCCGCAAGGUGUGGGACUACAUGACGAAGAAUGAGCUGGUCAACUUCCCCGUCAAUAUAUACAAGCGUAUACCGAACUUCAAAGGCGCCGCGGAGGUGGCGCAGUGGCUGAUCGAGUUGGACGUGUUUAAGAAGGCAAGAGUCAUCAAGAUAAAUCCAGACAAGCCGCAGGAGCCAGUGAGGUUCUCGGCCCUGGAGGCCAACAAGGUAACGGAACACGUAGGUAAAGGAACACGUGUCACAAUUUAACUUACAACGUAGGCGUAAGUACUG